GCCAUUCAAGUUUCAACCUCCAAGUACAGUGCCAUUGCCACUCCACUUUAUAAACCCCAUACAUACGGAUCCACGGGGCAGCAGCACCUUCACCGAUCGGCAAUGGCGAUAUCACUCCUCCUCCUGGCCGGCUUCCUCCUUGCCCUUGUCUCCUACCUGCUGGUGACGAGGAGCGGCCCCGAGGAAAGAGGACUGAGGCUGCCGCCGGGUCCGGCGCGGGUGCCGGUGCUCGGCAACCUGCACCAGCUAGGCCCGCUGCCUCACCGCAGCUUGCGUGACCUGGAAGGGCGGCACGGGUCCGUCAUGCUCCUCCGCCUCGGCGCGGCGCGAGCGGUGGUGGUUUCGUCCGCCGCGGCGGCGCGCGACGUCAUGAGGGCCCACGACGCCGACUGCUGCAGCCGACCUGCGUCGCCGGGCCCCGCGCGCCUCUCCUACGGCCGCAAGAGCGUCGCCUUCUCGCCCUACGGCGCCUACUGGCGCGACAUGCGCAGGCUCUUCGCCUCCGAGCUCGUCGGGGCUCGUGGCGUCGCCGCCGCCUGGGCCGCGCGGCGGCAGCAGGUGGACAGGCUCAUGUCCGCCCUGGGCAACGCGACGGGACCGGUGGCGUUGGACGAGCACGUGUUCCGCGUUGCCGACGGCAUCAUCGGCACGGUGGCGUACGGGAGCGUGUACGGUGCGGAGGCCUUCGCGCGCAAGUACGAGCGGUUCCAGCACGUGCUGUUCGAGGGCAUGGACAUGUCUGCCAGCUUCUCGGCCGAAGAUUUCUUCCCCAACGCCGCCGGCCGCCUCGUCGACCGGCUCGUCGGCGUCGUCGCGCGGCGGGAGAGGAUCUUCAGAGACCUCGACGGCUUCUUCGAGGAGGUGCUGGAGCAUCACCAGGACCCCGCGCGGCCCAAGCCGGAGAGCGGCGGCGGGGACCUCGUGGACGCCCUCGUCGGCCUCUGCGAGGAGCAUGGCUUCACGACGGACCACGUGAAGGCCGUCCUCGUGGACGCGUUCCUCGGCGGCAUCGACACGAGCUCGGUGACGAUCCUGUGGGCGAUGUCGGAGCUCAUGAGGAAGCCGCGCGCGCUGAAGACGGCGCAGGAGGAGAUCCGGGCCGCGGUCGGCGUCAACGGCAAUGGCAACAGGGUGCAGCCGGACGACCUGCCGAAGCUGACGUACCUGAAGAUGGUCGUCAAGGAGACGCUGCGGCUGCACCCGCCGGCGACGCUGCUGCUGCCGCGGGAGACGCUGCGGAGGGUGGAGAUCGGCGGCUACGAGGUGCCGGCGGGGACGCGGGUGCUGGUGAACGCGUGGGCGAUCGGGAGGGAGGAGGCGAGCUGGGGGCCGGACGCGGAGGAGUUCGAGCCGGAGAGGUUCGAGGCGGGCGGGAGGCACGGCAAGGUGGACUUCCGCGGCGCGCACAUGGAGCUGGUGCCGUUCGGCGCCGGGCGGCGGAUCUGCCCCGGGCUGGCCAUGGGCGUGGCGAACGUGGAGUACACUCUGGCCAACAUGCUGUGCGGCUUCGAGUGGGCGGUGCCGGAGGGGAUGAAGGCGGAAGAGGUGAGCAUGGAGGAGGCCGGCGCGCUGACCUUCCACCGCAAGACGCCACUGGUGCUCGUGCCCACCCCAUACGUGCCUUCAGCUUGAUUGCAACAUGCAUCUUGCGCUGCUAAUACAGUAGGCAUCAAUCCUUUUACAUGUGUGUUGAGUUCCAUCACAAAUUUGCUCCGAGUUUAUACUACCUUGGGCAAAUAUUUCUUCUUAAGAAAUUGAACUAAUGUGUGACAUGAACAAUAAUGAGGGUGAUGUUCAAUCUUA